UUUACCUUCAAGCUUACGUCGAUUGAACGACGGCGACAAUUGGCGCGGUAAAUAUUCGCUCGGUGCCCCAUGUUCGCUCUGAUGCUUCUAUGCAGCUCUAAUCAUUCGCGUCUGGGGUACCGUGCGCGCACAUGACCAUUUCAGCUUGCCGGUCAGCGAAUGCCGUAUAUAUGUGUUCAAUCUGAUCAAACAGUGCGGGAGCCUGACAUGCCUAAAAGAAAAGAAAAGGCAAGGUCGACUGAGGGGUCCCUCCUUCUCCCAGUGGCUCUGAUGUGUGAGCAUAGAAUAUAAGUUAUUCUAUCUUGCGAAUGCGUCCAUAUCGGGAGUUGUACACAAUACGGCGGCCAUCGCACUAACGGCUCGCGAUGGACGGCAGCAACCUUCCUGGGCCGGCGCGCACGCUGCUGCUGCUGCUGAUGGCGACCACCUUUCUGCCCGACAGACCCUGCGUGUUCACAGCAGCCGGACCACCACUGCUCUGCGAUAUGCCGAGAGAAAUGAAAGUACAUUUGGUCAAGUGCGCUGAGACGAUUCUUCAACAACACGUCGUGGCGCUGCUUGACAAGCGGGCCAAGAAGUUCUUCAAGGGACGCGACCUUGUGGAUUCCCUCACCGACAUGUGCGUCGACGGGGCGCACAUCAUCAACAACAAUGUAGCCCUUACAGUGAUGCAAGUGAAGGAUGCGGACAAGAACGACACCGAAUACGCUCUCUGGAACUGCAUGAACACUACACGCUACGUAAUGCUCUACGGAGAGUCGUAAUUGCUUCAU